UAACAACACUGUCACAGUUGUCGUUUAGUCAACACUAAAAUCGUGAACAACAGAAGUAAAUAAUUAUCAACAAAUGAUUUAAUUUACUGCAAAUAUUAAAUACAGAAUUUAACUGGCAAAACCAACCUUUGCCGGUAGCAACUACAUAGACAGAAAAAUUAUAAACAAUGGACAUCUCCAAAGCACCCAAUCCCCGAAAGCUGGAACUCUGUCGUACAUAUUUUCGAACUGGGUUUGCUUUCUUGCCUUUUAUUUGGGCCAUAAAUGUGUGCUGGUUCUUCGAGGAGGCGUUUCGUAAACCUGCUUACCCGGAACAGAGCCAAAUUAAACGAUAUGUCAUAUAUUCCGCACUGGGCACGUUGUUAUGGCUCAUAGCACUCAUCGGUUGGAUUAUUAUCUUUCAGACAAAUCGUGCUGCAUGGGGAGCCACAGCGGACUAUAUCAGUUUCAUCAUUCCAAUGGGCAGUGCAUAGGUUAAGAAUUAUCGAUAGGCAAAGCUAAGGACAUUCAUACAUUUUAUAACUACUCAUGAUAUUAAAAUGAAACUAUUUAAAAACAAA